CUUGUGUUUUGGUUUACUUACCUUGACAAAAGAGGGGCAUGUUGACUGGUCAGAGGGACCAAGCGUUCCUUCCUUCGUCUCUCUCCCUACCUUUAGAAGCUGGAGGAAUCUUCCUCUUUUUGUUAGCUUGGAAAGCAGAUGAAUGGGUACAACCAAAUUUAUGAAGGAUAGAUCAUUUUCUAUACUCAGGAGAGGUCUUCCUUUCCUAGUGUUGAAUCUUUCGGUCCUGUAACUAUAAUGAGGGAAGUGUUUUUGUAUGAUUUGAAACAGUUUAUAGUUUUGUUUUUUUUUUUUAGUUUUUUGGGAUGUUAGUGGUGAGACUAUACUAUUUUGAGAGCUCAUCCUGUUCCUGCAGCAAACCUGUCACUCGCUGCACAGUACUCAGUGCACCUCAGGGCUUUACCUUCCAUAUCUGGCCAUGCACACUGCACUACUGGGCGAGAACUGCCUUGAAAGAGAAUUACCAGUGGGGCUAGAAACCAGGAGGGGAGGGGCAACUCAGGAUCUGUUUCUCUGAAGGGAAUACAGAAUGGGAGAGGGUGAAAUGACCCUCUUCCCAACUGACCUAGUGAUAGAGAGGUCAGAGCAAGCCUCAGCUACCAACAGAGAUUCCUCAUUUCUAGGCUAGGUACAGUGUUGCCUCUUAUUUAAACUUUGAUUUGGAAUAUGUAUUCCAAUGGGAAGGCGAGGAGGGAGAAUUGAGCCCUGCUGGUCAUCUGUUGUCAGGACUGAUCCGACUUCUCUUUUGAUGUAUCUCUGUGCUAUUUUAUUGGAUUGCCCAGGGCCAUGCCUUCUGUGUCCCACCCAGGCUGCCAAAUGUCUUGAAAUCCAGGUCUUUUACCAGCCCUGUCAAAAUGAUUCAUCUUUUGUCUAGGGAUCAUGCUAGUCUUUUAGCAUGAUUCCCUUUGAAAGUAUCCCAGGUGCUAAUUAAAAGUAAUUAUUUUGGGGUCUUCAGAAUCAGGUUAUCUUUCGGCCAAGACUUAGGAUUCUGCAUUUAAAUUUGCACUGUGGUUGCUUCCUUGCUCUCUAAAAUUUGAGGACCACUGCCUAAGGACCUUGCUAGUUGUCAUUUAACAUGGAAGAAGAUGAGUUCAUUGGAGAAAAAACAUUCCAACAUUAUUGUGCAGAAUUCAUUAAACAUUCACAACAGAUAGGUGAUAGUUGGGAAUGGAGACCAUCAAAGGACUGUUCUGAUGGCUACAUGUGCAAAAUACACUUUCAAAUUAAGAGUGGGUCUGUGAUGUCACAUCCAGGAGCAUCUACCCAUGGACAGACAUGUCCUCCCAUGGAGGAGGCUUUCGAGCUACCCUCAGAUGAUUGUGAAGUGAUUGAAACUGCAGCAGCAUCCAAAGUGAUUAAAUAUGAGUAUCAUGUCUUAUAUUCCUGUAGCUACCAAGUGCCUGUACUUUACUUUAGGGCAAGCUUUUUAGAUGGGAGACCUUUAACUCUGAAGGACAUAUGGGAAGGAGUUCAUGAGUGCUAUAAGACGCGACUGCUACAGGGACCAUGGGACACUAUUACACAACAGGAACAUCCAAUACUUGGGCAACCCUUUUUUGUACUUCAUCCCUGCAAAACGAAUGAAUUCAUGGCUCCAGUAUUAAAGAAUUCUCGGAAAAUCAAUAAGAAUGUCAACUACAUCACAUCAUGGCUGAGCAUUGUAGGGCCAGUUGUUGGACUGAAUCUACCUCUGAGUUAUGCCAAAGCAACCUCUCAGGCUGAAUGAAAUGUCGAUUAACAAGAUUCUUCUAUCGAGCUUAGAAAUUGUGGUAUGAAGAAUGUCAAGAGUUUACCUGACCAGCCCUGGCUUUAAUAGGACCAAUACCAUGGAAUAUUUCAUCUCACCAAGAUUUGACAUGGAUUAUUUUUCCCUUGGACACAAAUGUCUACAGCAACUGAUAUUUGAUAGACCGAAUGUUUAGAAGAAACAUUUCAAAGGCGUACAUCAUGGCCAGGCAUGGUGGCUCACACCUGCAAUCCAAGCACUUUGGGAGGCCGAGGUGGGAGCAUCACUUGAGCCUGGGAGUACAAGACCAGGCUGGGCAACAUGGUGAAACCAUGUCUGUACAAAAAAAUACAAAAAUUUGCCUGUUUGUGGUGGUGUGUGCCUGUAGUCCCAGCUACUCAGGAGGCUGAGGUGGGAGGUUGGCUUGAGCCCAGGAGGCAGAGGUUGCAGUGAGCUGAGAUUGUGCCACUGCACUCCAGCCUGGGUGACAGAGCCAGACACUGUCUCAGAAAAAAAAAAAAAAAAAAAAAAAACCAAAAAAAAAACCACAUCACUAUAAAUAGCAAAAAACGAAUCUUAACUUACUAAUACUAGGAAUAACAACAUUAUUAGGGCACUUGCAGGUUAUUCUUUUCUAGGCCAAGUACUUCACUUCCAUUUGUCUGAUAUGGAGAUUGAGGGAGAAAUGUAUUUGUGUAUUCAUUUUAAUGUAAGAUAUACAAAAAUUAAAUUACUGGAUUUACCUGUCCCUGAAACUGGUGUUAUAAACAUGACCUAUCUUAAGUGAUUCUCCCAGAAUCAAACUCAGGAACAAUAGAUUAUUUCUGUUUUACUCCAAAGAUAGGGGAGAGAGAGAAAGAGAGAGAGUGUGUGUGUGUAUGUAUGUAUGUGUGGGUGUUUGUGUAGACAGAUAGAUGUAAAAUAAAGAAAAAAACACAAUAUUUUACUGUGAGACAAUAUGUUUUACCAGCGAAAUGUGGCAUAGUAAUUAGAAGUUUUCUAAAAAGCUAUAGAAAAUAUUUAAACAUUAAGAUUUCUUUUUGACCUACAGUAAUAAAACAAUGGUCAUUUUACCCCUCUACUUCUCAACCCCACAGCUGCUCUGCUGUACUCUUUGAGGGCUCUUAAGCGAGUCUUCGUGUCCCUGAGACUUAUUUUCCUCAUCUUUAAUUUGUAAAUAACAAGCUACCCAUAGGGUUGCUGUGAGAACCACAUGAGAUCAUUAAUGCAUGAUAAGAUAUUGUAAAGUAUUAUACAAAUAUUCAUUAAAUGUUCACCUUUCUUGUAUAUAAUUGGUAUUCACUCAGGCUGUAAAUAAGUUUCAUAGCCAGUUAAGUAUUAAGAUAAACCUAACCUGGAACCAUUUUUUUUUUUUUUUGGUUGCUUGUUUUGUUUUUUGUUUUCAUUUACUAGGAGCUGAAACUAAGAUUAAAAUGUCGUUGGGUUUUUAGAGAGUCUAGAUUAGUGUCUUUCAAUGAGAGAUAUGCUUAAAAUCACCUGAGGAUCGUUUACAGCUACAGAUGCUGGGGCCACCUGACACAGUCUCUCUGGGGGUGAUUCUGCUCUGGAGAACCUCUGGUCUGGAUAUACCUUUAUUGUGACAUUGAUUUGUAUUGUUUUGCUCUACUGACAGGCCUUUUCCAAUCCAUACAAGCUGAACUUGCUUCCUAAUGUUUGUCUAGGCCUUACCUGGAUAGGAAGGAAGCUUAGGAGACAUGUUCACAAGGCAGCCGUCUUGUAGGAAACCAGUCCAGGUGAGGACAUCAUUCACCAGUGGAUCACUGAGCACCAUUGACAGCACCCUCAGUCCACAUCUGCAGAUUAAGAGCUGAACUCUCACAGAGAAAGUGGAAGUAGAGAAAGGGUUAAUUCAAACUGCUAGAAAAGCUAAAAGUAAAUUUUAAAAUGCUGAGCUGCACAUAUUCAUGCUAGGAUGAGAGCCAGCUUAAAUGCUUGCUGGGCAUUUUGGUAUUUACCGCUUAACAUGUUUUCAACUUCUGUGAGGGAUUUUCCCCCCACUCUCCCUAAUGUAAACACAGAUUUCUCGGCAAGUCAUUUCUCAAGCCAUGUCAUUUCUAGUGUAAAAUAAAUUAUAAUAAUGUGUCA